AUGAUUGUUGUUCCUGGUUCGGCACAACAGGCAGUAAACAAUCAGCAAGGUAUUGAAGCACAACCGACUGCCAAUAUCAGUGUAACAAAUCCUGAUGAAGAAGAGGUAAUUCGGUUGGGACGUCUUAAAAGUAUAGUGUGGAAACACUUUACGAAAAUAAGAGUUAAGGGUGUAAUUAAAGCUAAGUGUUACUAUUGUAAGAAGAUGCUUGGUGGUGAAUCUGGGAAUGGCACUUCUCACUUGAAAAGUCAUGUUAGGACUUGUAUGCAGAGGAGGAUUCAAGAAGGAAAACAAAAAGUACUUGGCCCUAAUUUUGUUGCAAAGGGGAAAAGGGAAAUGGUAGCAAGUCAAUUUGAUGAUGAGGUUUCUAGAAAUGAGCUUGCCAUUGCCAUUGUUAUGCAUGAGUAUCCUUUAUCAUUGGUGGAGGAUUUGUACUUCAAACGUUUUGUGUGCUCUCUUCCGCCUUUGUUUAGUGUUCCAUCAAGGAAAACUACGAAGAAGGAGAUUUUUAAGAUCUAUGUUUAUGAGAAGAGUAAGAUUCAACAGUUGGUUGACAACAAUAAGGGAAGAAUUGCCAUCACCAAUGAUAUGUGGACAACAAGCAACCAGAAAAAAGGGUUACAUGGCUGUUACAGCCCAUUAUGUUGA